AUGGGGGAGAAGCCUGAAGUUCUGGAUGCUGUGUUGAAGGAAACUGUGGAUUUGGAAAACAUACCCAUUGUGGAAGUUUUUGACAAUCUGAGAUGUGGCAGAGAGGGUCUCACUACUCAGUCUGCUCAAGAAAGAUUAGCCAUUUUUGGGCACAACAAGCUUGAGGAGAAGAAGGAGAGCAAAUUCUUGAAGUUUUUGGGUUUCAUGUGGAAUCCUCUAUCAUGGGUUAUGGAAGCCGCUGCUAUCAUGGCAAUUGCUCUUGCCAACGGUGGCGGAAAGCCUCCUGAUUGGCAAGACUUUGUUGGUAUCAUUACUUUGCUUUUCAUUAACUCGACAAUUAGUUUUAUUGAGGAGAACAAUGCUGGGAACGCCGCGGCUGCUCUCAUGGCUCGUCUUGCUCCCAAAGCUAAGGUUCUUCGAGAUGGAAGGUGGAGUGAGGAAGAUGCUUCUAUUUUAGUCCCCGGGGAUGUAAUCAGUAUAAAACUUGGAGAUAUUAUUCCCGCAGAUUCUCGUCUACUUGAUGGUGAUCCAUUGAAGAUUGACCAGUCUGCUUUAACAGGUGAAUCUCUUCCAGUUACAAAAGGCCCCGGAGAUGGCGUUUACUCUGGUUCUACUUGCAAACAGGGGGAGUUAGAAGCUGUGGUAAUCGCCACCGGGGUUCAUACUUUCUUUGGGAAGGCUGCUCACCUUGUUGAUAGUACCAACCAAGUGGGGCACUUCCAGAAGGUCUUGACUGCUAUUGGAAACUUUUGCAUUUGUUCUAUCGCGGUGGGGAUGAUAAUAGAGAUUAUUGUGAUGUAUCCGAUUCAACACCGGAAAUAUCGUCCUGGGAUUGACAAUCUUCUUGUGCUUCUCAUUGGAGGAAUUCCAAUUGCCAUGCCUACAGUUCUAUCAGUAACAAUGGCCAUUGGUUCUCAUCGCUUAGCUCAACAGGGAGCUAUUACUAAAAGAAUGACAGCUAUAGAAGAAAUGGCUGGCAUGGAUGUCCUUUGCAGUGACAAAACUGGAACCCUGACAUUGAACAAACUCACUGUUGACAAGAAUCUUAUUGAGGUGUUCGCCAAAGGUAUAGAUGCGGAUACCGUUGUACUGAUGGCUGCUCGAGCCUCCCGAGUAGAAAACCAGGAUGCAAUAGAUUCUGCUAUAGUUGGGAUGCUGGCUGAUCCAAAAGAGGCACGCACUGGCGUUCAAGAAGUGCACUUCCUUCCCUUCAACCCGACUGAUAAACGUACAGCAUUAACUUAUUUUGACAGUGAGGGUAAAAUGCACCGGGUCAGCAAAGGUGCACCAGAGCAGAUUUUGAAUCUCGCGCACAAUAAGUCAGACAUAGAGCGUAGGGUUCAUGCUGUGAUUGAUAAGUUUGCUGAGCGAGGUUUGCGGUCACUUGCUGUUGCAUACCAGGAAGUUUCAGAGGGAAGGAAAGAAAGUGCUGGAGGCCCAUGGCAAUUCAUUGGUCUCAUGCCUCUCUUUGACCCACCCAGGCAUGACAGUGCAGACACAAUAAGGAGGGCUUUAAAUCUUGGAGUAAAUGUCAAAAUGAUUACAGGUGAUCAGCUGGCAAUAGGGAAAGAAACUGGACGCCGCUUGGGAAUGGGAACCAACAUGUAUCCUUCCUCUGCUUUGCUUGGACAGAACAAAGAUGAGUCGAUUGCUGCUUUACCAAUUGAUGAGCUCAUUGAGAAAGCUGAUGGUUUUGCUGGUGUUUUCCCUGAGCACAAAUAUGAAAUAGUAAAGCGCCUGCAAGCUAGAAAACAUAUUUGUGGAAUGACUGGUGAUGGUGUUAAUGAUGCCCCUGCUCUUAAAAAGGCUGAUAUUGGGAUAGCUGUCGCCGAUGCAACUGAUGCAGCUCGUAGUGCUUCAGAUAUUGUCCUUACUGAACCUGGACUCAGUGUUAUCAUAAGUGCUGUCUUGACAAGUCGAGCAAUCUUUCAGAGGAUGAAAAAUUACACAAUAUAUGCGGUUUCUAUUACAAUUCGUAUUGUGCUUGGUUUUAUGCUGCUGGCCCUAAUAUGGAAGUUUGACUUUCCACCAUUCAUGGUGCUCAUCAUUGCCAUUCUCAAUGACGGUACCAUUAUGACUAUAUCAAAGGAUAGGGUGAAGCCAUCUCCUCUGCCAGACAGUUGGAAACUAGCUGAGAUUUUUACAACUGGCAUUGUUCUGGGUAGUUAUUUGGCUAUGAUGACAGUCAUAUUCUUUUGGGCAGCCUACAAAACAGACUUUUUCCCGCGGGUAUUUGGGGUGUCAACUCUUGAGAAAACGGCUCAUGACGACUUUAGAAAGCUGGCUUCCGCUAUAUAUCUUCAAGUGAGCACUAUCAGUCAGGCCCUCAUAUUUGUUACACGAGCUCGAAGCUGGUCAUACAUCGAGCGUCCUGGUUUGUUGCUUGUGGUGGCUUUUGUGGUUGCUCAACUGAUCGCUACUUUGAUUGCGGUUUAUGCAAAUUGGGGCUUUGCUGCAAUUGAAGGAAUUGGAUGGGGCUGGGCUGGGGUGAUUUGGCUUUACAAUUUAGUAUUCUACUUCCCGCUUGACUUCAUAAAGUUCUUCAUCCGCUAUGCUCUUAGUGGGAGGGCCUGGGAUCUUGUUCUUGAGCAAAGGAUUGCUUUCACAAGGAAAAAGGACUUUGGAAAGGAACAACGUGAGCUAGCAUGGGCACAUGCGCAAAGAACCCUACAUGGGCUGCAAGUACCUGACACCAAAUUAUUUAAUGAUCGAUCCAAUUUCACAGACCUCAAUCAGAUAGCUGAGGAUGCCAAAAGGAGAGCUGAAAUUACAAGGUUGAGAGAACUACACACACUGAAAGGUCAUGUUGAAUCAGUGGUAAGAUUAAAGGGUCUCGACAUAGAAACGAUACAACAAUCUUACACUGUCUAAGGAGAUAAACCUAUUUGAUAGUUGCCUUCUACCCUUCUUGAGAGAGAGGACAUAAUCAACUAUAGCUGUGAGUUACCGUUGAAAAACCGUUCAGUUAUUGCAACUUUGUUAUCCAUUUCAGCACUUAAUGCUCUUGUUGGCACUUGUUCAUCUGAAUUUUAUUCAUGUCUUGGUUCUCAAUAUACCCAGCAACACUUGCGCAAAUAGCUCUUAACUGUGUCAGAGUAAAGUUUAUAUGGUAAGGCUAUUUGGUCUUCGUUGUUUUCUAAUCUAUAUAAUAAAGUAGAACGAUUUUGAAUUUAAGAGAUAAAGAGCGGGUCAGAUCGUUUCGAGAUCAAAAAA